AUGGAAGUGAAUGGUGAACCAGAUAUAGCUGGUAUUUUCAGCGCGGCUUUAAUGCCAUUGAAAGAUAUGAAAGAUGCAGAUAUUUUGGACCAGUAUGAAAUGAACAUGGCUGAUGGAAAUAUAACACCUGACGUUCUAGAACAUUUAUCUCAAAGAACUACACAGAACCAUAAAGAUGGUAUAUUUGGUGAAGAGUUUAGAAAGAAAGUUAGGGAGAGAGAAGGAAGAGAACCUAUUGUACAUGACCUUGCAAACGAAAGUUUACAAAAUGUCAUAAAAACUUACUUUGCAGACAAUGAACCGAGAAGGGAUGAAUAUUUAAGUAAACUCAAAUGGACAGUACCAAAUGAAAUGUUAGUAUUGAAAAACAUGUUCCUUGACAAAAUAAAACCAACUACAGAAAUAAAUGACGCAAGACUGAAAGAUUGGGUAAAAGCUUUCCCAUUCACAAAAGAUAUUAUUGGUUACAUGGAAAGAAAACCAGAAUGGCUACAAAAACAUAUAUUUGGAAACGAGCUUAUUCCAUAUGGACAAGCUCUGUUUGAAGAGCUUGAACCGGAAACUCAGGAAAGAGUCAUGCAAACAAUACGCGAAGACUCAAAUACAAACUAUGACAAAAUCUUUCUAGGAUAUAGGUUACCUGAGAUGGGCGACCAGAGCCCAAAGGCAAAAAGGACAUGGGAAAUUUACAACAUACUAGGUGAACAUGAGGCAAAGAUGCAACAACUUGAAGCAGAGGGCAAGUUACCAAAAGCGACACCAAAGAAGAAGAGAAGAGUAGAACAAAGUGAAAGUAGUGAAGAAGUAACUUCAUCUAGUGAAAGUAGUGGCAAUGAAGGAAAAAGAAGAGUUAAAAACUCAGUCAGGAAGAAAGUAAAGCUUGGUACGAGUGGGUUCUAUUAUGACAAAUAA